CGUAGGUAUAUAAAAAGUUCGUCGCAAGGGUGUUACCAUAUGAUCUACAAUCGGGAUCGGAUCAGAUCGCCAAGUCGGUACCCCGGCCGAGAGCGUUGCUGUGCGUUGCCCGGGAAACACGAGACUCGAGACAAAACAGGAAACCCGUUCUCAAAAGAUGGUUCUUAGCCAACACUUCAGAAGCGUUUAACUUAUUGUAUAUCGCUUCAUAAGCUACUAUUUUCAUCUAGCUUUGUAUUUCUGAGCUUUCAUAUCUAUAGAUACCUACCUAUCUAUAUAUAUCGAUCUCUUAUAAUUUCGAACAAGAAUGCUUUUGACAUCGUCGCAGGUCUCGGUGGUAAUUUCGUCAGGAAUUGUUGUCUUAUUCACGGCAGCCUUGUUUCUCAGCGGCUAUACAAUCCAGCAGCGAACACUGCGCGACCUACGAGCAGCCAUCAAACCCAACCGGAUACCUCGACCGAGUCCCAAAGUCUACUUCCCAGAACACCACGACGCGCCUAGCCAACUCGAGGACACGAUAAACGAUUCACGACUACGGCACCGCCGUAAGAAAUAUAGCGCAGAGGAGGAAGAUGUCGUCACUGUGCGGCAUACUGUGCCGGAGGAGGAGCUAGAAAAACCAGAGUGGGAAGAGUCGGCAGCGUCGGAGAAAGACGACGCUGCUGCUGGGGCAUUUGUGGGAACGCCGGACGCUGUGGAGGAGCCUACACCCAAGAAAAAGCUCGAGGAGAAGCCAGUCAGUAGAGCUGAGAGGAGACGGAAGAUUAAAGAAGAGAUACGACGGUUGUCGGAAGGCCAGGAGCGAGUAUACUAUCAACGACGACUAUGGUAGUUUUACUUGACUGUUCUGUUCUGCUACUCUCUAAAAGCUGCUAUUUACUUGCUACUGUUUAUAUAGGCACGCAUUGGGAUUGGUGGGACUUGGGCUCUUUGGGAAAUCCGGGGGCUGGUUUUCGGAUAAGAUCUAACCUGGUGGAUUUUGGGCACGGUAUAUAAUGAUAAAGGGACGGGUAACGUAGGAUCUGUACGAAUAGUUUAUGGGACAACGGCUAGGGUUACUCGGUUAUAACGCAGGCGGGUCUUUUUGCCUCAUGAACAAGCAGGGUCUUGAGAGGUAUAACAUAACAGAAACAAUGUGUUGAGGCUGGUGUGAUAAGUGAAGCUGAGAAUUCUUUUUGUUGAAAUUAUUUGCUUCGAGGUUCAACACUAUUCUGACUCGUCUAUAUAAACUGUGCCUUUAGGGGUUGCAGUGAAGCAGUGUCAUCUGCACCCGAUCAAGAACUUUGAAUCUCUGAGGGUUGCGAAUCAAGUCUCACGCGAGGGCUGCAGGUGAUUGACUGCCAGAUAAGGACAUCGACUCCGGGUAGGAUCUGGGGCGGAUGGGCGACCACCAAUAGACCGAUAGAUGCACGUAGGCGGUCUUAAGGUUACUGCCGAGAUGGUUCGUCUCGAUCUAAUACUAUGUAGCUCAGACCCGCCAACCUAAUGGCAGUAGUAAAUUUUGUGAGGCUGUGCUAUAGCUAGUUAAACUACUACGGCAUACUCGGCUUCGCAACGAAGAUAACUGAAUCUUUUGC